AUGGACCCUCGCGAUGUCGCCCCUGAUGAGGUCCUUCUCAACCACAUUUUCCCUGAUCAACCUCAAGUCUCCAUAUCAGUCAUCCUCCAGAAUUGGGACAAAUGUGUUUUCAAAGCCAGUUUCCAGGAUUUCUCCGAACCUUGUUGCCCGUGCAUAGUUCGUGUGGAGGUUAUGAGCGAGGAUGAGAAAGCUGCACAAUUUACCGUCGUCUCAGCCAUGCAGAAGAUUGCUGCGGGUGUCAUUCAAGGUCUCGUUCCGAACACUUUCCAAACUGGCGUCGCCGAGAAUGCCCAAGGCAAACGAUUUCAAUUCUGUGUGAUGGAAUUCAUCGAGGGAGACACACUGGAAGAAGUCUGGGACCUGAUGAGCAGCGAGAGUCAGCGAUCCGUCGUGGCUGCUUUGGUCGGAGCCUUGAGAAAACUGCAUACUAUCCAGAUUUCUGAUGACCGAGUCCAAGCCGUUCUGCGUCAAGCUCUGGACGGCUCGGAGCGAGAUGCCUUCCAGAAAGCAGUCGUGGGCGGGCCAAGCACGGGAUUCCUCGAGGAUGGGCCAACUCUUCUCGGUGCCAUCACGAAGAGGUUGGAACUGAAAAAACCAUUCUACACCAUAACGCCCAUCGCGACUCCUGGCGAUAUAGUUAUUAAGUCGCAUUAUGAAGACCUUGGCUCCGUGACACUCGGAAAGAGCAGCAUCGAGCAGUGGGAGCAUGAGGCCGUGUUUUGCCACAACGACCUCACCCCUCGCAACAUCAUCGUCAGGCCUUACGACUCUCCCGAUGGAAGUUCCAACUACAAGCUUUCUGCCAUCAUUGAUUGGGAGAUUUCCGGGUUCUACCCUGCUUCUUACGAGCUGAGCCUCCAGGAUACAUACCUCAGCGGGGCAAACCGCUUGAUUUCCUUCUACCUACUUCUGAAGAGACAGAUGAAGGAUCUGGUACCUCAUUCCUCGUCACAAAUUUCCCUAUUGCAGACCAUGGAGUUACUUUUCGAAUCCAGACAGAGACGACUGGUCGAAGGCUCCAAUAUCCCGGCAGUUAUACGCCAGAGAUUCGUGCAGAGACUACAGCUGCGUCGGGAUGAGGAUCCUUACAUCGGCUGGGUACCAGAAGAUGAGGGAGCAGCGCAACCCGUCUUUUCCCGUGCUGACGCUCAGAGUCUAGAAGACGAUGUUGUUGCCGAGAUAAUUGGAAGGGGGUAG